AUGGAUGUUUGCACUGCUUUUGCAGUUGCAUUUAAUGCGAACACCACUCAGAACUAUGUUGGUUCUAGAAGUUUUAUUCAAGAAACACAAAUAACUAGUUCAGUUUUAGGUAAUUUGUUGGAUGUUGUUAAGGAGGUACAGGUAGCACGUGUUGAGCUUCAAAAUCUGACCUACUCAAGUUCUUGUCCUCCAUCUGUUAAGCAACUUGAACUACAUCUUCACUUCAUUGAUUUUAGCAGUGGUAGAAAAGUGGCAUUGAUUCUUGACAUGUCAUGUUUAAAAUGGACAAGAUUUGGCUUUAUGUUGGACACAGUUAAGUGUAACGCCCUCAAAAUAAUAACACCCUCUUCAUUCCUGUUUGUUUUGUUUCGUUCUCUCUCUACUACCCCAAGCCCUAGUUCUCCUCCUGCUGCUGCUUUAAUAACGAAUCAACCUAAAACUUUACCCACACUGCGAUGCAAUGAUCUCCAAGACGCUGUAAAUUCGUUCAAUCGCAUGAUCCAAAUGCGACCUUUGCCCCCCAUUUCUCAUUUCAACAAAGCUUUAGGUCCUCUUUUGAAAUUGGGUCAUUACGACAUCGCUCUUCCUCUUAUUGGGAAAUUGCAUUUUCUAGGCAUUCAGGUCGAUAUCUGCACCUUCAACAUUGCUAUUAACUGUUAUUGCCGCCUGAAUCAAGUCCAUUUUGGGUUCUCUCUUUUGGGUACCCUCUUCAAACGCGGUUAUACACCUGAUGUAACUACCUUCAACACUCUGUUAAAUGGACUUAUUUUGGAUGAGAAAACCCCUGAAGCUGUAGAGUUAUUUAAGAAAUUAAUGAGAAUGAGAGAAAUUGAACCCGAUGUGGUUAUGUAUGGAACCAUUGUUAAUGGGCUCUGCAGAACGGGGAACACUAUCAGGGCUGUUAGUUUGCUUAGGAUAAUGGAAGAGGGAAGCUGUAAACCUGACACCAUAGUGUAUAACACGAUCAUUGACAGUCUUUGCAAGGAUAGAAUGAUGGAUGAUGCUAUGAAACUCUUUUCUAAGAUGAAUCAACAAGGCAUUCAUCGAGAUGUUGUCACUUAUACCUCCUUGAUUCAUGGUCUAUGUAAUUUUGGUUGGUGGAAGGAGGCUACCGGAAUGUUUAGAGAAAUGUUGGAUAGUGAUAUUGCUCCAGAUGUUCAUACGUAUAGUGUGUUGCUAGAUGCAUGUACCAAGGAAGGGAAGAUGAAAGAGGCAGAGGGGGUACUUGAAGUCAUGAUACAAAGAGGUGUGGAUCCUAAUGUAGUCACAUACAGUACUCUAAUGGAUGGAUAUUGUCUGCAAGGCCACAUGGAUGAAGCAAUUAGAGUGUUCAAUGCCAUGGUGGAGAGGGGCCUUCAACCUAAUGUGUUUAGCUAUACCAUUCUAAUCAAUGGAUAUUGCAAGAAAAUGAAAAUAGAUGAGGCCAUGCUUCUCUUUCGAGAAUUGCCUCGAAGGGGGCUGAAACCCGACAGUGGAACUUUCAACGCUAUUUUAUGGGGUUUGUUUCAAACAGGUAGAUGUGGAGCUGCUCAAAAACUUUUUGACGAUAUGCAAGCUGCAGGCAUAAAUCCAGAUUCUCGAACUUAUGGUAUCUUAUUGGAUGGGUUGUGCAAAAAUGGGCAUAUUUCUGAAGCAUUGUCAUUAUUCCACAUGAUGGAAAGCUACGGUUUACUUCUUGAUAUUGUUAAGUAUAAUAUCCUCAUUGAUGCAUUCUGCAAAGAUAAAAAGUUUGACACUGCAAGGGCCAUUUUCAGUUACCUUUCUUCCAAGGGAUUACAACCUGAUGUUAAGACAUACACUAUCAUGAUACAAGGUCUUUGUGAAGAAGGCCUACUACAUGAAGCUAAAGAGUUGUUUGUUAAAAUGGAACAGAAUGGUUGCUUGGCAGAUGAUGUCACUUACAACACUAUUAUCCGAGGAUUUAUUGGACAACACAAGUGCUAUGAGGCAUUAAUACUUGUUGAGGAAAUGGUUCAAAGGGGUUUCUCAGCAGAUGCAUCCACUUUUCUCUUGAUUGUGGACAUACUCUCAACUAAAGGACAAGAUCCCGCUCUCUGA